AUGGCCGAAGCCAAAACGUUUGAAUCCCCGCAAGUGCAGAGCUUGGGUCAAACUCAACGCACGAUGGGCGGCGAACACUCUCAUACCUGUACCCAUGACCUGCAACUGAGCCCUAAUUUGCCCGAAAUUGUUGAUGAGCGCGGACUCGAACCGCAACAGCAAUAUCGCCCCAGAUAUUCAAGCCGCCAGCCGUCACAGUCCCGUCAGUGCUCAGGACAAGAAAGUGACACCAGUUCCAGCAAUGAGGAAAACACUGAGAUGUCAAUCGAUGAUCUCUGGCUCCCCAACCCGCAGUCAAGCAGCCUCUGUCAGCUGCUGUACAAAAAGAAACUUUACAUUGGCUCAUAUUCAGAUGUGAAUCGCUUUGGGGAAAUUACCAAGCUCAAAGGCGAGCAAAAUUGGAGACAGUGGAAAGUAGAUUUCUUCUGUACCCUUUGGUCUGUUGCUUCGAUUUACGGGCGAAUCUUCUCUGGUCAGGCCGAGCCUCCGAAAGAGCCGCAACUUUUGCCCGCCUCCCGGGAAGCGGUCAUUAAUGCCGCCAAAAAGGACAAAAUGGCUAUGAGUCAGCCGGAUGAAAUGCAAAAUUUCGGAAAGAUGCUCAUAAUUACGGGCAAGGAUUUCAACGACAAGCUGGUGGAAUUGGAGGUCGAAAACAACCGACGAAAGAAUUUGUACCAAAAGAACACGGAGAGAUGGAACAUGGCUAUCGGCAGAUCACGUCUGUUCCUCCGUAAAUGCAUCGGAGGCCUCCCAAAGAAUAGCAUUUACAGGAUUGAGGAUCCCCGUGAGUGCUAUCUGCUGCUAGAAGCUCAGUACGGCAAGCCUUCAUAUCAUUGUACUGUCUUCCGGAUGAAGAAGUGGACUGAGAUCCGCUACAAGGGAACCAAUCCUGCUGGCGAUUCAUCCAAUGGGAGUCAGUCAGGCAGUUCUGAGUAUACGCAAUGCACACGCAAACGUGGACACUGGGGCCCCGGAGAAAUACCACCUCGUCAUCCAAAGAGACAAUCGGUUGUCCUAAAGAUUGCGCAGUCAGACUCUGAUGCGUUGGACUCUGAUGCGAAAUUGAACUCCGAUGUUCGAUUCUGGUUGAAUCCUGACGACGGGGAUGCCAGAAUUUGUCUUACCAUCAGAGUGGGCAUACACACCCCAGCAAUCCGUAUCGAGAAGUGGAGAAUUCAGAAUCAAAAUGGAAGACUUCAUCGCCUCCAAACUGUCCAGGUGACUCGGGUGUCAGGUCAAACAAGGGUCUCAGACCAUCCUCUUGUCCUACCGUUCGAAGAUUUGUUCCUCGGGCCACCAUCAACACCCAAACGCCGCGAAAUUUCCUCACAUGACCAGACCCAGUUCAAGGCUAUGCUGCGCUCCGACGAGGAGCCUUCUUCGUGGGUCCAACACAUCGUUAACCAAGUGGUAACCGACAAUCAACGCCGCGACGCGGUUCUCGAUGCCUUACACUUGCGGACCAACAUAGAGCACGUCCGCCACUGGCUAAAGCAGAUGGACACUUCGCUCGAGGCCAACCUUUAUCGUUCGCUCGCGAACGACUUCUUUAGGACUCUCUUCUAG